AUGAUCAAAUUUUGUCUAAACUUGAAACACCAUUUUUCAAAUUUAAUUCUUCCUUACAAUCCAAAGGGAUAUAAAAAUAUUUUAAAAUAUAUUGAACACCAUGAGUCAAUAUAAUAAAGAAUAAGUAAUUUAGAUAUCCAACAGGAUCAAUUUAUCUUCGCAUUCAAUAAUUUUAUUGAUUCUAUUUAAGAUAAUGAUUUUAAUGAAUUUGCUCGAGAAGUUUGCGAUUAAAAAUUAGCUGACUCAUUUAUUGAAGGAAUCUCAAGAAUUUAAAAUGAAGAAUUAAAAUUUGAAAAAAUGGUUGAUGAUGAUUUAGAAGAAAAAAUAUACUUUACAGAUAUGAAUAUAUUUGUCAAUGUAAAUAGGAGCAUCUCUUUAUAUGAUCAUGUAAAAAUAAUUGAAAAGUUUAGGAAAUUUUAUUGAAUAAACCAAAUAAAUUUCCAAAAGUGACUGCAUUAUAUACAUAAGUAGACGAAGUAAUGAUAUCCUUGUCUAUAGGAGCUUUUAUUAAAUCUAAAGUAAGCCUCAUAAUAUCUGACUAAAAAGUAUAUAUUUUGAAAAAUUGAUAAGUAUGAACCUGAAAAUUAUCAUCAUGUUAGAUUUAUGGUAGUCAAAGAUGAAAUAGACGAAACAGGUAUUUUUUAAACAAUAAAAAUGGCACUUCUAUUUAAUGAAAAAUAAAUGUUUUUAGGUAAGAAUCCUAGUUGGAAAAUAAUUGAUAUUGAUAAAUAUAUGCAAAAAUAAUAUCCCUAGUUCUUUUGA